UGGGGCAGCAUUAGAAACUCCACCCCAGCUUCAUCCACCCGCUCUUGAAUGUUUCUGCUCUGCCAGCCUUUGCCCCGUUCCGUAACCCGGGAUUACAGAGCCAGACGCGGGCAUGGACAGAGCCGAGAGUCCCUCUGAGAAGCUGGUGCUGGAGUUUAAAGAGGACACUGCUCUCACGGAGAUGAUGCGUCUUCGGGUGUCAUCCCUGCAGCGGUCAGGGCAGAAGCGUCAGGACGGCGAGCGUCUGCUUCUCCCCCACGAGGCCGUGUACCGCCUGGACUUUGCCGUACAGGAGCUUGGCUUUUCCCGCUGGUACUUCUCGCUCUCCGGCCACGGCCGAGUCACCAUCACCGGUAUUUCCCAGCACUGGACCCCCGACCUGACCAACCUGAUGACGCGCCAGCUGCUGGAACCCAUCGGUACAUUUUGGCGUAACGCAGAGGAUCCAGAGGAAUCGCCUCUCAAGUGUCUGGAGGCAGACAUGCAGGAGUUUGGAGAGAGGAUCGCAGAGCUGGCAAAGGUUAGGAAGGUCAUGUACUUCCUGCUGGCCUUCAAGGACGGCGCCGAGGCAGCAAACCUCAGCUGCUCCAUUGAGUUCAUACCAGGAAAAUGAACAAAAACCUUCAGCCAGCAGGCUCCUCUUAACUAAUAUAAAAGCGAUUAAAUGUUUUCUUCUCUUCCUAAUGUUUUCCUUCAAACUUCUUAACAGGUCAACCUGGUUUUGUAAAUGUGACUUUUUUUUUUUAACUACUACUAUUGAAAUUAAAAACUUCUAUUAAAAUUUAGGAAAACGCUUUAUAAAAAUAGACAUGUUUUGAAGUUUUUAUAAUGCAUUUAAACUAAUCUCAGUACAAAUAUUUGACUAGAAAAAUGAAUACGGAAACAAAGACGAGUAAAACAGGUACUAACCUUCUGUAUAUUAGCAAUCUGGUGCCAUUUUUUAAACAAAUGUUAAAGUGAAAAUAUUUUAAAAACAUCCAAAUUACUUCCUGAGACAUUUUUAAUUAUGUAUAAUGAUGACUUCUCCUUUUCUUUAUUUGUUUUCUUGAAAAAUACAAAGAAAAACAAAAAAGCCAAAUAACUCAAUAAAUGCAAAAUGAAUUGUAACCUGACAGAACAGCUGAGCGGAGAAACGGCUGUCAAAGUGGUGGUGUGUUCAAAUGACAAGGGUUAAAAUAGGUUUUCUCAAACACAGAGGCACCUUAAAGGUCAGGUAAACCGGAAAUCUGAACCAAAAACCAAAUCCAAAGGAAAUGAGUUUCAAAGGCUGCAAACUCUCACAUUUGGCUUUUAAAAAGAUCUGUGAAGCCAGAGGAGGUCAGGAAACGAGUCACUGCUGUGUUUGAUAGAUGAGGCAUUCCCCAAAAAUCAGGUAGUUUUGGUAAGUGACAAAGAAAUAACAGAUUUUGAAAAAUGUCUAUAUAAUUAGUAAUUUAGAGGAAAAAGAAAAGAAAGAAGUUUGGUGAUUUAGAGGGAAAAAACAGGAGCAGAAAUAGAGAUAAAUGGGCAGAAAUACAAUUAUGGAUUUCUUGAUUUCAUUAAACAGGUGAAAGCCACAAUUUCACCUAUGUUGGAUCAGAAGAACAAUGUUAACACAUUUUAUUGGUCUGAGGUUUAUGAUGUGUCAUGUAUUACAUUAGUUUUAGGAAAAAUGCUCAAUCAAUCCAGUAAAUGUGGUACGACGUUCGUUAUCAGUGACAGGAGCCGUCCUAAGCAACACGGGUGGCUUGUCUGCUCCGCCUUUAGUUCUACAAUAGAUGCAAUUCUCCUGCUUUAACAUUACAAAUGUCUUCACUGCAGAAAUCUGAGUUAUUCUGAUUCUAUGUUGUAGGAUUUGAAGUGAUUUCUCAAGUGAUGUCCCAAUAAAGUGUUACUACAAAAUCAA